AUGGAUGCGCAAUGCACACGUGUCUUGCGUUUGAGUCGAGGAUCAUUUUCUUUGUUCCUUCUCACAGCAACACAUUUUAGAGUGGCCUAAGUUGACCGUGGGCAGUAAAAAUCUACAGAUAUGUUUUUUAGGUUCCUUCUAGUUCUUUGCCUGGCGGCUUCAAUAAAUGGACUUUGUCAAAAGGCCAAAAUUUCUGCGGAUACCUACUCAACGAAGAGUGCUACAAUAUCAAGCCAAACAGUUUAUAUUGCUGAAUUAAGCAUAUCUUGUGAUUCUGAAUUCCAGGAACAAAACUUCUUUGCAGAAGUGAAUGGGCUGCUUGUGCCUGUUGCAAAAUCUGAAGAUAGUGGAAAAUAUCAGGUGAGCUGGUCAACUGAACAUAAGGCUGCACAAAAGGGAGAUAUACCAAUCAAAAUUUAUGAUGAAGAAGGAUAUUCUGCUUAUAGAAAGGCCCAGAGGUCUGGAGAGAAAGUCCCCUCUGUUCAACCUCUUGCAACAGUAACUAUAAACCAUACCGGAGCCAGACGGGAAGGAUUUAUUGUACAGACUGAGUUCUUGUCUGCUUGUGUUACAAUGCUUAUUUUCUGGCUGGCAAACACAGCAAGAGGAAAGAUAAUGGAAUAGACUCUUUUUGUUACAUAAUUGCUUUAAACCACAAAAUUUCUAUUUGUAAGAAAAUAGUUUUCUUGUCAGUAAUUUAAUCCACA